AAGAAGUGAUCUGGUUCUGGGGGGGGGAACUAGCCCAGAAACCUGGCAUCGCUGUGUCCUGCAACAGUUCAGUGGCUGCUGCAAGAUUGGAGUAGACCCUUUGAAAAUAAAGCUCCAGAAUGGGUUCCCAGAAGCCGUUGUUGUGCGAUUGGCUUAUUGAGCAGAUAAACAGUGGGCUGUACCCUGGCCUCUAUUGGCUGAAUGCGGAGAGAACUCGAUUCCAGAUCCCCUGGAAACAUCACUCGAGGCACGACGUUUCUGAAGAUGACUUCAAAAUAUUUGAGGCUUGGGCGAUAGCAAGUGGCCGAUAUAAGCCAGGGAUUGAUGUUCGUGACCCUAUUGUAUGGAAGAGAAACUUUCGCAGUGCUCUGAAUCGGAAGAAGCAUUUUCACCGCGUGGUUGACAGUAGGAAUAAUUCUGAGAGACCUCACCUGAUUUAUGAGAUCCAGAGCAUUGGCCAGCAGAGUGGGGCCAGUGCCGAGGAGGAGAGUGAGGAAGUCAGUCCUGCCAUCGACAGCGCCAGCCCUGGACUCUCCUCGGGCUCAUCCCCAAACGUGCAGGGGACCCUGGAGAGCAGUUUGCGAGACAUGACGAUAUUCGACUGGGAGUCAGGGGGCGGUGGAGAAGGAACCAUGAUGGAAGUGGGAGCGGCCCCGUAUUCUUCCGACUGUGCUCUGGAUUAUGCUGUGGCUCCAAACAACCUGAGUCAAAUAGACCCCAGUGGCCAGCCCACUGCCGGUGCAGAUGCUGCCUGUGCGAUGCCACUUGCAGUCGAAGAUCCCAACAUGGUCAUCCCAAACGUUGGCGAGUUUCAAACACAGAUGAGGGGCUAUUUCCAGAAUGGACACUUCGCAACCGAGUUUGAGAUAACAAUCUACUAUCGUGGCAAGAGGGUGAAGGAGCAGACUUUGAAGAACAUCAAUGGAUUCCGACUGUUUUACACAUCGGAAUCUAAAUUCCCGUACCUGGAGGACCUCCAGUUCCCAGACGCAGCCUCCUGUUUGACUGACCAGCAACAAAUCGUGUACACAAAUGUGUUGUUGGAGGGGAUGGGCCAAGGGCUGACUGUGGAAGUGAACAAUAAUCAGAUCUGCGCGCAGAGACACGGGAGCUGUAGGGCCUUCUGGUCAAUGACGGAGCACCCCAGCAGUAAGGAACCUCGACAGAUCUCCAGCAGGGAGCUCACUGUCCUGUAUGGCCUGCCCCAGUUUCAUCAAGAACUGUGUGCCUUUCUGAACUCUGAGCGUGGCUCUCCGCAGUAUUCGAUUUGGCUAUGUUUCGGGGAGCUCUGGCCAGACUGUGGUGAUAGACCCUGGCAUAAGAAGAUGAUCAUGGUGCAGGUGACACCUAUAACCUUCAAGCUGUUACAUGAACUGGCACACGGAGUGGGAGCCUCCUCACUGAAUGGUGAUUCUAUAAACCUCGAGCUUUCUGACCCCCUCUCCUCCUCCAGCCUCCUGUCUAUACUGGAACAGUGCAUGGAUGUCGAGUACACAGACAGUACCUCCCUUGGACAACUGGUCUCUGAUGACCAUUGCGGUGACAAGAGGGAGUGACUGUAUCGAAAUAAACACAUUAAUCCAGAGA